CCUGAGUCUCGGGGAAGUCAGGCCCCGCCUCUUUAUGCUAAUUACGGCCUCCCAUUGGUGUGUCAGAGGAGAAGGCCUGCUCUGAUUGGCCAGGUCGAAGCCAUUUAUUCGCUGACAGCCCCUUCACAUGAAUGGUUGUCUAUUAACUUGUUCAAAAACUAUCUGGAGUUGUCAAGGCUCAGGCGGACAGAGGCGAAAAAGUACAGUUUGUUGACGCUUUUUCGGCGAAGCGGCGGGAGAAGUUUUGUGGACACAACAUAGCAGGGACCUAUUGGGAGAAGGCUCUCCGUUUUCACACACACGAACUCUGACACACACUCACCGAGAGGGAGGGAGAGAGAGAACGAGCGAGGGAGAGUGUGUGGGGACGCGGCUUGAUGCUUGUUGUUUUUGUCCAGAGAAAAGUUGCAGAGAAAAUCGACAGGUAACUGUAAGCAGCAGUCCGGUGCUCCUCGCUGUCCGCCUCUGGCUCCUGGAGUUUGCUUCCUUUUUUUUGUUUUUAUUUUACCUUUUUUUUUUAGUUUGUUUCUUCUAUUUUUUUUUUCGCCUGUUCGGGAAGCUCCUACUAAAAGUUUUUCCCAGAUGUAUAACAUGAUGGAGACUGAACUGAAGCCCCCGGCUCCCCAGACCAACACGGGGGGCACGGGCAACACCAACACGUCCGGCACCGGCACCAACCAGAAAAACAGCCCGGAGCGGGUCAAGAGACCCAUGAACGCGUUCAUGGUGUGGUCCCGAGGCCAGAGGAGAAAGAUGGCGCAAGAAAACCCCAAAAUGCACAACUCGGAGAUAAGCAAGAGGCUGGGGGCCGAAUGGAAACUUCUGUCCGAGAGCGAGAAGAGACCCUUCAUCGAUGAAGCCAAGAGACUGAGGGCCCUGCACAUGAAGGAGCACCCGGAUUACAAAUACCGGCCCAGGAGGAAAACCAAGACCCUCAUGAAGAAGGACAAGUACACGCUGCCCGGCGGGCUGCUGGCCCCCGGGGGGGCCGGCAUGGGGGCCGGGGUCGGGGUCGGGGUGGGCGCCGGCCUGGGCGGCGGCGUCAACCAGCGCAUGGACAGCUACGCGGCGCACAUGAACGGCUGGACCAACGGCGGCUACGGCAUGAUGCAGGAGCAGCUGAGCUACCAGCACCCGGGGCUGAACGCGCACAACGCGGGCCAGAUGCAGAGCAUGCACCGCUACGACAUGAGCGCGCUGCAGUACAACUCCAUGAGCGGCUCCCAGAGCUACAUGAACGGCUCCCCGACUUACUCCAUGUCUUACUCCCAGCAGAGCACGCCGGGGAUGACCGCCCUGGGCUCCAUGGGGCCCUCGUCCGUGGUCAAGUCCGAGUCCAGCAGCUCCAGCCCGCCCGUCGUCACCUCGUCGUCCCACCGGGCGGCCCCGCCAGGCUGCCAGAGCGGAGACCUGAGGGACAUGAUCAGCAUGUACCUGCCCGGGGCCGAGGUGGGCGAGCAGGGCGCGCAGAGCCGGCUACACAUGUCCGGCCACUACCAGAGCACCGUGCCCGGGACGACGAUCAACGGCACGCUGCCCUUAACACACAUGUAAGAGACACAAACACAGAGAGAGAGAAAGAGAGAGAGAGAAAAAGAGAAAAGAAGAAUUAAAAAAAGAACUUUUAUAAAAGAAACUGUGGACUACUCAAUGUUGGACUAUUUUUGUAUAGAAAAAAAAAAUCUUUGGGGUGGGAAAAGUUGUAUAAAAGUCUCCAGGAAAAAGGACACGACUCUUUUUUUUUUCUUUCAUUUUACUCUUGAGGAAGCUCUAGAGGAACGGUAGGAGAUCCCCUCUUAACUGGUGGCUGAAGUUUGGAUGACUAGAAAGUGGGAGUCGCAAUCAAAUGUUUUAUUAUUGCAAUCACCUUUUGUACAGUAUUUAUCAAAGAAACAUUACAAUCAGAUGAAAUUGUUUGUUAAACAAGAGGUUGCGUUUUCUUUUAUUCUCUUUUUAAAAAAUAAAAAUAAAGCAUCAUCGGCUCUGCAGAGAAUAUAAAAAGUGAUAAAUGGCAGAACUGGAAUUAUAUGGGAGCGAUCAGUUAUGCUCCUUUAGGCAAACAUUGGAUUGAAAAGGGACAAAAGACACUGGUAAUUCUGAGUUUGUUUUGUUUUUUUUUUUCAUUAAAGGUCUACAUACUAAACGUUUUUUAUUUCUUUUAAAAAAGUAUGACACUCUUUCUGUCAUACAGCUUAAAAUAUAGGUUGUUAAUUUAUAUUUCCGUCUCCCACUUUUCAUCUGUUAGAGGUAUGACGCUUGUGCUCAUUAUUUUCUAAUUGAUUUGUACAAUUUCUGUAUAUUUCCUGUGAUAUUUUAAGUUUUUAUUUCAAAAUUCAUUCCCGUAGUUGUAUUUUGAAAAUUGUGGCCUGUACGCAGAAGCCAACCACUCCAUGUAUAUAUACCAGAACUAAUACCAUCCUUAUAACAGUUACAAUUUCAGCUGAGUAUAUUUUUUUUUCAAUAUGCAGUUUGAAAUGAAUAAAUUUUGGAAAAUUUG